AUGACGGAUCCGAAUCUUAUCAUCACCGAAGAAGAAGAACCUAAUCCGAUCUCAUCAUCAACCAAUUCCGAUACAGGUGCACCAACGUUGGUAACUCCUACAGAUGGUAAUAAUACCCCUAUAAUUUCACCACCUCCAACAGGUAUUCGCAAAUUAUUUAUUCUGAUUGGAAAAUAUUUCAAUUUGAUUUCAUUAUUGUUAUUUAUUGGAGCCAUUGGAUGGUUUAUGUGUUGGCCUCUAUUAUCAAAACAUGUUUAUUACUCGGAGAAUGCUCUAUCUGUUUUCUUUCAAAAUCCAGAGUAUAAUCAAAUGGAUGCUAAUUUCGGUGUUGAUAUUUAUAAUCAAUUGAAAGUUUUGAAUCGAUCAUCGGAUGAUUUCAGAGAGCAAACGUACAGAACAAUAGAAAAUUAUUUAAACUUGGAAAAGACACCUUUUUUCAACGAAUUGAAAAGACACUCUUUCGAAAUUGAAAGAAAUUAUAUCAAUAAGAUUGUUAGAGUGAAAGGAGAGAAUUUGUAUGUCACAAUAAGGCCUGGACGUGGAAAUGGCAAAGAGUCAAUUGUUCUGACAGUUCCAUUUUCAAAAUUAGAAAGCUUAGCAUUCUCUCUGUCCAUUGUAAAGAUGAUUUCAAGAAUGAAGUGGUUGAAUCAUGACAUUAUCUUGGUCAUCAGUGAUGGAUAUGAUCAACAAUGGGCAGGUGAGGACGCAUUUAUAUCUUCUGCAGUCAUACCUACUGGAAGAAUGAGAGAAGCCAUCACCAUUGAUUUAGAUUCAUUUGAUUUUGAACAAGUUGCAAUUUUAACGGAAGGAGUAAAUGGAGAGCUACCUAAUCUUGACAUGGUAAAUGUCAUAACAGGAUUACUGAGCGAGGGAUAUUAUAAUUUUGGAUCAUCUGUAUUGGCCUCGUUCUUCAAAGCUGAUCCCACAACGAGCAGUAAUGUCGAUUCUGUAAUUAAGAAAUAUUCUCAAUUCAAGAAACAUUUACCAAUAACUAUUUAUUUAUAUCAAAAAUUGCUCUAUAAGCUUAACGAAGCACUCAACAAUGCAAUUCCUCGUGAUUUUAUUGAAGAAAGUGUCAUAGUAAUGUAUCACUGGUACAACCAAUUGAUAUCAAUUCCUACAGGACCUCAUGGUUGGUUUAGAAAGCAACUCACACAUGCAUUCACUAUUACAAACUCAAUUGCUCCAUCCUCGUCUAUGAACAAGAGUUUGAAUCAAACAUUUUAUUUGCUUGGCCGAGUAAUAGAAAUUACUAUCAGAAGUCUUAAUAACCUUAUUGAACAGCUGCAUCAAUCAUUUUUCCUUUAUUACAUUGUCUCAUCUCAACAUUAUUAUGGAUUUGAACAUUAUUUACCAAAUUUAUUAAUGUUUGUUGGAGCUUUGACUAUUCAAUUUAUUGGUAAUUAUUACUUGGAAGUAGCCACAGGAAAGGUGUUAACUCACUCUUUGAUCUUUGUUUCCACAAAUUAUUUUAUAGGAAUUUUGAUUUAUCUAACUCCAAUAAUUUUAAGAGAUGUAUCCAUUCAUUUACCAUUCAUUAGUAGCACUGGUGAAGAUUUUACAAAAUAUUGGUUUUCUAUUGUGGUAGCUCUGGUGAUGAUUUCGUUAUUGAUCUCUCACUCAAUGUCAUCCAAGCUUUAUGAAUUUUUCAUUGGAGCACGACCUGGCCAUCUUAGUUGGAGAAGUGUUAAAUCAUUGGCCGUUGCUGUGUCUACUCUAUGUGUUGGAGCAAGUAUGAUUUAUUCGAGCGCCAUCUGUAUUUUUCUUUCUACAUUUUUAUUAACUCUAUGUACAAUCACAAUGACCAUUCCUGAAAGUAAGAUUUUGAGAUUAUUCCAAAUUAUUGCCAUUUUGAUCAUGUGUCCUUUCAAUUUACUUGUGGCCAAUGUGGUAGCCAAAAACUAUUAUUUUGGUAUUUCUAUGACCUCCCAACUCGAAUCAUUGUUUCUCAUUACUGACCUACCUCAUAACUUAUUUUACAUUGUGUUUUGUGUGAUCAUGAUUCCUACAUGGGUUAUAUUCUUGCUCUUUUCCUUAACCAAAUCCUCACAUGCAUUGUUGAUAACCAGUGCAAAAAUCAAAGUUGAGUAA